UUCUAAUCUUUCCGAGGGCUCGAUCGAUAAGCCUGGACCAGAUGAUGUUUUUUCUAAAGUAAUGGGUACUGACCGAAAUGGUGAUGCGGUUAUGUAUGGUCUGGGUGUUCGUGCUGCUGAUGUUUGGGGUGUAAUACCAAGUCGUUCAGCAUGUCAUAGAGAAAACAUCCAAUUGAAGUCUCAAUGUGAAGAACUUACUAGUACUGUGAUCCAGUUACGAGCCCAAGUAUCAGAGAUGGAAGGGUCGAGGGGUGGUUCCAAUUUUCAACCUCUUGCAUCACAACAUUUCCCCAAUGUAACCAAUGGACAUCAACGUUUACGGGUCGGAGAUGAAGUUUUCCUCAAAAGCAUUCUAAACUCUACCGAGAUUGUAGCAAGAGGAAGGGUCCAGAGCUUGGACCCAAAUGAUCUAGUUGGUGGUACAGAGAUUGGACCAGAAUGGUGUGAGGUAAACGUUCAAGUACCAAUAAAAAAAGAUGAAAACUUGGUAAGAGCAUAUGGUUUAUUUUCUACAAUUCAAGAUUGUAUUGGUGCAUCCAUUGCAUGGCCCUAUCCAUUCAUCUCGGUAGUCCAUGAGGAUUGAGGACGCAUGAUGACUCAAGAUUUUAUGCUUCUUAUUUCUUUAAUUGUUUUUAAUCUCUUUGUUAAAUGUUAAGACUUUAUGUUAGAUAAUGUUAUAACUUAUUUAUGGUUA